AUGAGCGCCCCGCAGCCCCGCAUUCUUGAAACCUAUAACAGUCUUACAGACAAACACCUGGUUGGAUAUUUCAGCAAUGCCAGGAUAAGACGACAUCUUCAGAAAUCAGGACUGAUCUCCAGGAGCGGAAGGAUAAUACCCGAGAAGGAAUACCGUCUCAAUGCCCUAAGGAGGGACCACCAGAGACACGUCCAGGAGUGCUUGGCUGAUGCCAUAUACCACAAGGUCCUUGACAUAGAGCAUCAUCAUCAGCUGGGGCUGAAAAAGAGACUCGAUUAUUCUAUGAGGAAAGAGAUGAUGCAGCCAGCCAAGAUGGAGCAAUCAAUGGGAGAAGUUGUCCAUGUGUACUCCCCACAUCCACCCAUCGCUCCCCGGAACCACCACGCGCUCUGUCCUUUGGUGUCUGGAGAGAGAACUGGUCGCUCACAACAGAGUUCCUUGCGACCAAAAACAGCUCCAGGAGAUGUACAGCAGCCCCCUCGCCUCCAGCCCCUUCUUGGCUGGGCUGCAGCAGGGUCUGUACCAAAGGCUUCCAAACAGAAGUGCCAUGCACUGGAACAUUAUCAGCAGUUUGUCUGUGGGGGGGCGAGCGGUGAGUUAACGUUGAGGAACCCAAUGGAUUACAUGGCUGGCGUGUCACCCUACCAGCCCCCUGCCAGCAAGCGCCGCCGCCGCCAGGUGCCGGUGCCGCCGCCGCGCCCGCACCUCGGGGACCGGUGCAUCCCUGGCAUCAGGCGUGGGCUGCCCGUAGAGAGGUGGUUUCAUCCCACCACUGCAUUCAAUGAGCAGUUCUUGAUCAAUAACACCAAAGGGUUCCCCAAGUCCCCGUUGUGCAGCAACGCCUUGGUCACCAUGAUCUACCUAGGAAAGAGUAAGCACGUGUCUCUCCGUGAUUACAAGGAUGAAAUCAAAGUCUAUCAGCAGUACUGUGGAACAGAAAACAUUUGUGUCUAUAAAGGCGACCUGCUGGAAGGAGAUACCUUCCAGUUCAUCUCUAAGAGGUACCUCGGUUACCCAUUCAGCCUCACCUUUUACCUCAACGGGCUCCAAGUUGACAGGCUGAGCUGCUGCUGCGAGUACAAAGGCUUUCAGUGCAAGAGGCCUGCCCGGCUGCGGCGCAAAAACACCUACUUCAGGGUGCUCCAUGUGGCAGGAGCACCGCCUUGCUACAGGUGCUUUCUUGCGAUGGGCCUGGACAAAAAGCUGUUCCCUCCCAAGAGGAAGAUUAAGUGCUACACGAGGCCGCACAUGUGUUCCUGUUCUCCUUACUGCGCGCACAGCGAGCCCUGCGACAGCAGCGCCGUGCAGAAAUCAAUCGAAGGCUCAAUGUCACUCACCAUGCCAAGUCAGGAGGAAAGUGUGCAAACUAUUGACGAAACACUGGAGUCUGAGUAGGAGUCCAGCGAAGAAGAAGAAGAAGAAGAUGAUGAUGAUGAUGAAGAAGAAGAAGAAGAAGAAAUGGAAGACCAAUCUUUUGAGGAGACCGAAGACACCACCACUCAGGAAAACACCAGUGAAAGUGAAUAUGAUGAAGAUUUUGAAGCAGAUGAAGAAGUUAAUGAAGAGGGACAGACUGGUAAUCAAAUCAAGGGAACGUCAGAGUCAUCCUCAGAUGAUAAAACCCAUAAUUUAGACUAUGGAAAGGAGAGUGAAACCUCAUCUCAGAAGGCACUGCAGGCCUCUGGCAGUGAGAAAGAUGAAAGUGGAGGAUAUUCUGGUGACAGGGACUCUGAAGAUGGUGCACCAGAGAGGAGGCCUGCAGACUCCUUCUCAUCCAUGAGCACACAGUGCAGCACUGAGACUGACUCUCGUGCUGAAAUGAAGGCAGACAAUGUGAAGUGCAAAGAGGACUGCAAUAUCAAAAGUACAUCUGAUAGUGCAGCACAUGCACACUAUGGAAAUGAGAAUGGGGAGAAGAAACUGCUCAGAGUGGAGGAAAAUCAGGACAAUUCUGCACUGGAAAAUAAAGGAAUAGAUGAAGCAGAAAAGACAAAACCAGAAGAUCUAACAGCAAGGGAAGAUACUAGAAUUUUUCAUGAAAACCUAAUGGCAAUGCAGCAUGAAAACCCUGAGGUUAAUGGGGAAUUCAACCACACUGGGUCAGGAGAAAGCAACAUGAAUGAGGAGGAGAAAUGUCCUCCAGUGCCUUGGGAGAGCAGAGAAUUGAACAGUGAGGAUGGCAAUGAAGAGUCUCCUUGGUGUGAGGAAGGAGGUGUUUUUGAAGAUUGCAAACCAGUCCAGGAGGAGACAGCAAAGGCAACUGGAAAUGAUCAUCCUGUGAAUUCUGACCCUGAGCCUGGUGAUUUGUGUGCCAGUGAGGAAGAAAAGAACACAGCAAAUACAGAGCAUGGUGCCAGUGAAGCAGCAGCAGGUGGGGGUCCCCCGGCCGAAGGGAGGAGCAGCCCUGACGUGCAGGAGGCGGCAGCACAGGCGGGACGCCAAGGGGAGGCCACAGGGCCGGGACAAGGCCUGGAGCAGGACGGAGGCGCCGGCAGCCGAGAGGCCGCAGGAAAAGCUGCAGGAGUGGCGGAUUCGCCGUCCCGGGCAGGCACGGGGGCUGCGCUGCGGGAAUCCGCGCCUGAGGAACAUCCCCAGGGAAAGGGAGCGGGGCAGGCGGUGAAGCGGGGCACGGAGGUGGCACCUGGGGAGCAGGAGGUGCUGCUGGAGGGGAUGGAGAGAGAGGCGGCACUGGGAACAGCUGCGGGACAGGGGCCGGCGGGGGCACUGCCAGCACGGCAGGCAGACAGGGCCGUGCCCCGGGGGCAGGAGGGGGCUGCGGGCGCUGGUGAGGAGGAGGCUGCAGAGGAAGGCCCCAAAGGAGCAGUAGGGCCCCCAGCAGAGGAGGAGGAGGGUGAGGCAGUGUCCGGGGCAGGGGAGUCCCUGUCUGCAGGGAAGGACACGAUGGUGGGUGCUGUGUCAGAGGGAGAGGAGCCUGUGGAGGAUGCUGAUGUGGCAGCAGAUGGGAAGGCCAGAGCUGUGGGCCCUGAAGGAGGAAAGGUUGUUGAAGAAGAGUUUUCUGAAGGGGAGGAGGCUAUGGGGGAGCCUGGGGCUCUCCGGGAAGCACUAGGGGAUGUGGAAACAGGAGAAGCAAUGUCUGGAGGGGAAGGGUUUGUAAAGCCAAGUCAGUUUUCCCAGCUAAAAGGGUCAGGGGAAGAGUGGGUGGAGAUGGGGAAAGCUGUCCCAGGAGCUGCAGCAGCACCUGAGAGUGCUCAGGCUCUCCAGAGAGGGGAGAACACGAUGGAAGAGUCUGUGGAGCCUGACAAGGGUCCUGUCCUGGACGUGGCACCCGAGUUAGGGGCACUGGGGGGUGCUCGGGGGGAUCCUGUCACUGAAGGGUCAUCACAGGAGGAGAGGCUGGCAGUGCAGGAGGAGGAGGGUGCAGCAGAAGCACUUUGGAAUGGAAACCCAUCUGAGGGCAGCAAAGCAGAGACAGAGAGAGCAGUGGAAGGAGAGGCAGUGGGAGGGUCUGCAGGGGCGGCCGGAGCAGGCUCGGGGGAUGAAGAGGAGGGCGCAGAUGGAGCAGCAGGUUCAAAGGAGCCGGCAGCUGGGACGGAGGGGUGGCUGAGGUGUGGGCAAGUGACAGGGGAGGGGAGGUGUCCCGGGGAGGGGGCGGUGGGCGAGGCGGCGCCGCCGGCCCCGCGGCUGUGCGGGAGCCGGGCCGGGGAGCCGGGGCUGGUGGCCAUCGCUGUGCGGGGCGGCCGCGCCGGGCGAGCAGCCCUGGCCGGGGGGCCGGCAGAGGCUGGGGCUGGCGCGGUGGGCACAGCGGCGGUGGCACAGGAGGGGGCGAUAGGAGCAGUGCUGGGGGCACAGAGCGGGACAGGGGCGGCAGGGGCACAGGAGGCGGCGGCCGGGGAGCCCGGGAGGGCCGGGGAAGGGCUGGCCGGGGCACCCGGGGCUGGCGGGGCAGCGGGAGGGUGCGAGGGCCGGCAGCGGGAGGCGGGAGCCGAGGGCCGGCAGCGGGAGGCGGGCGCGGGGCGGCUCGGGCCCCCUCGGCACCGAGAGGCGCUCGGGGCCAGGCCGCGGGGCGAAGAGCCGGCUGCAGAGAGCUGCCCGAGCACCCCUGGCCCUGGGGACCGGGCAGCGGCUCCGAGCGGGACAGGAGGGUCCGCGGGAGGCGAGGGGCCGUGCCCGGGCACCCCGCCGCAGCUGGCAGCCCCAGAGCCAGGCACAGCGCGGGGCACGGACGGGCGGCAGGAGCAGGGGAUGGAGCAGGCAGCAGCGAAAGCCGAGGGGGAGCAGCCCGGUGGAAACACGAGAGAGGGCGGGGUGGCGGGUGUCUCGGCUGGAGCCGGGGAGCAGAGGCAGCGCAGCCCGGUCGGAGGGAGCCCAGGUGUCCCGGCAGCCGCUGGCGCGGGCGAGAGGAGCCGCAGUUCCCGUCAGUGCAAACUCAGACCCACUCAUCACGUCCUCAGAACAGGAUGGGGAAGAAACUCUGCUCUGAGCUUUUUCUGCAGCCCCUCAGUGCUGUGUCCUGUAGCAUGCCCUCAGCUGGCCGUGGGUUUGUGCCGGCUGGGAUGUCACUCCUCCACCUGCCACGUUUCACUGGAGCAGCUCCUCAGCGUGCAGCAGACAACUAACCAGCUUGUGUUUGCCAGCCCAGGAAACAGCACUCCUCUGGAAGGAUGAAGGCAGUAAUCACAAGGAUUGUUCCACAGCUGUCUGCCUUGUUUUUCUUGAAAAACAGAGAAAUACUGGACUGACCGAGCUUCCCCUCCUCCCCUAGGCACCACUUGCUCCUGCCGGCAGGCAGGCAGAGCUUUUAUCCUGGGAUCUUCCCUGCCCCAUGCCAGGGGAGGGGAGCCCUCCUGCAUGCACAGUGCCCCCUGUGCCAGGGCCGUGUGGGGGGCUUCCCUCCCCUCGGGCAUCCAGGCUUGCUGCUGGCCGCACUUCAGGGCAUUCUCGGCGCGUGGAAAUUUUGUUGAAAGCUGUUAAAUCAGAACGAUUCUAACAAGUAUUUGUAAAUGCAUGAAGCCUGGCCUUCUGCUUUUGCUGGAGUCGCUCAGGAGUGGUCCGUGGAACCUCAGCUGAGGCUGCCAGGAGGGUGGGCAGUUCAGUUGUCUCAGCCUGGUGCUGGCUGCCCAUCUCUGCUGCCCAAGGCUGUUCUCAGCUCUGCUGCACCUCUGGCCACACUGGGGCCCCUAGGACCCUUUUGGGCCGGGCACCUGGGGCUGGGUGUGCAGCAGCCUCUCGGCACUCCAGGCUUGGUGGGUGCAGCAGACUCAGCCACACAGUGGGGGACUGUCACUGUGUUUUCAAGUAGGGAAAAGACACUGAAAUGAGCAGGAUUUUGAGUGGAUUGGUGCUGUGAGUCACUUCAGGUCAAUAUACAUGGAACUGGAAACUCAAAGAUGCUCAAGUGGCUGCUGUGUGUUUGCUCCUAGAGAUGUUCCUGUCCUAGAGAUGGUUGCAUUUGUGUGUUCAGUCUGCACAUGCCGCAGAGGGUUGUGUUUUCUCUGUCCAUACUCACACCUACACGUUCACUCAGGCCUAUUAAAUACCUGUACCAGUCUGUGCAGCUCCUUCAAUUUGUGCCAGGGCUUUAACUGUAGGAAUAGCCCCUGCAGUGCAGCAGGGCCUGAGCUUCAGAGUCUGUCUCUGCUUGCCAGUGGGCUGAUUGAUGGUGGAGUGAGUCUUGAAAUAUUUAUAAGUGACACUUACGUGUAUGGUUGUAACAGUUGGGGGAGAGAAUCCUGUGGUUAGGAACACAUAUGUGGACUUCCACAACAUUAGUGUCCCUGUCAUUUGAGCAGGCAGAAGUUUGGUAAAUAAGCAAAACCAUGGAAAUGGAUAAUUGUAUAGGUUUGGAAAAGCUUCCCAUGGCCCUUUCUGCUUUUCUAUAUGGUGCUAAUUAGUAAUUAACUUCAAAGUGAAAAGUAGGUUGCACUUAGGGAAAAAACAAGAUGUGCAGCAAAAAGAAAAAAAAGACUAAUUAUUACAGUGAGCAUAUGUGAGCAAAGCAAACUAUCCAACAGUGUUGCCACUGGCAAAACUCAUUCUUGGCUCAUCAGGAAGGCUUUUUUAACUCCCUGAAGUGUCAGG